GCUGCGUCCUUUCCUGGGCGGGAACAGCAAAAUGGCGCCAGAACUAGUGGCGGGCUGAAGACACUGGCCCCCCUUGAAGCCGGCCCUGCGGUCCCCGGGCCGCCCCGGCCCCUCCCGGACAUGGAGGACGUGGAGGCGCGCUUCGCCCACCUCCUGCAGCCCAUCCGCGACCUCACCAAGAACUGGGAGGUGGACGUGGCGGCCCAGCUGGGCGAAUAUCUGGAGGAGCUGGACCAGAUCUGCAUUUCUUUUGACGAAGGCAAAACCACCAUGAACUUCAUCGAGGCAGCGCUGUUGAUCCAGGGCUCUGCCUGUGUCUACAGUAAGAAGGUGGAAUACCUCUACUCGCUGGUCUACCAGGCUCUUGAUUUCAUCUCUGGCAAGAAGCGGGCCAAGCAGCUCUCCUCAGCACGGGAAGACGGGGCCAGUGGGGACGCCAGCUCCAGGGCCACCCAGGAGGUGGAGGAUGAGUUCCUGUCACUGGACGACCUCCCUGACUCCCGCGCUAGCGUGGAUCUGAGGAAUGACCAGGCCCCCAGUGAGGUCCUCAUCGUCCCCCUCCUGCCCAUGGCCCUGGUAGCCCCUGAUGAGGUGGAGAAGAAUGACAGCCCCCUGUACAGCUGUCAGGGGGAGGUCCUGGCCAGCCGGAAGGAUUUCAGGAUGAAUACAUGCACCCCUCACCCCAGAGGAGCCUUCAUGUUGGAGCCUGUAGGCGUGUCCCCCAUGGAGACACUGCUGCCGAGGAACCAGAAGGAGGCCAGGAGGGCUGAGGAGCAGCCAAUGGAAGUCCCUGGGUGCAGCAGUCUUGUACCUGCACUCAGCAUCUCCCAGGAGCCAGGCACCUCUCCAGGAGGCCCGAUGGUUGGAGGUGGGGGUGAGGAUGAGGAUGCAGAGGGGGCGGCAGAUCUCCCUGAGGUGAUGGCCCCUGAAGUCUCUCUGGAGCCCCAGGAGCCCAGGACCCUGCAGCAGAGUGAUGCACAGCCCGGGAGGUGUGUGCUGCGGGAGCGACGGGAAGCCCUGGAGCCUGCAUCCCGGCUGCAGGAGACCCCAGACCCUUGGCAGAGCCUGGACCCCUUUGACUCCCUGGACGCUAAGCCCUUCAAGAAAGGUAGGCCCUACUCCGUGCCCCCCUGCGUAGAGGAGUCUCCAGGACAGAAGCGGAAGAGGAAGGGUGCUGCCAAGCUGCAGGACUUCCACCAGUGGUACCUGGCCACCUAUGCCGAACACACUGACAGCAGGAGGCCCCGGCGAAAGGGCCCAUCCUUUGCAGACAUGGAGGUCCUGUACUGGCAGCACGUGAGGGAGCAACUGGAGACCCUCCGGAAGCUGCAGAGGGAGAAGGCUGAGCGGUGGCUGCCGAGGGCCGAGGAGGGGCUGUGGCCUGAGGAGGAGGACCGUCUGGAGGAUUCCCUGGAGGACCUGGAGGCAGCAGCAGAUGAGCUUCUAGAGCCAGAAGAGUAUGCAGAGCCUGAGGGGGCAGAGCCCGGGGAAGCUGCAGACCUGGAAGCAGAGGCCAUGCCGGCCACCCUGAGCUAUGAGGAGCUGGUCCGAAGGAACGUGGAGCUCUUCAUCACCACCUCUCAGAAGUUCGUCCAGGAGACGGAGCUGAGCCAGCGCAUCAGGGACUGGGAGGACACCAUCCAGCCCCUGCUCCAGGAGCAGGAGCAGCACGUGCCCUUUGACAUCCACACUUAUGGGGACCAGGUGGUCUCAAGGUUCAGCCAGCUCAACCAGUGGUGUCCCUUUGCAGAGCUGGUGGCUGGCCAGCCUGCCUUUGAGGUGUGUCGCUCCAUGCUGGCUUCCCUGCAACUGGCAAACGACUACACGGUGGAGAUCACCCAGCAGCCGGGGCUGGAGGAGGCUGUGGACACCAUGUCCCUGAGACUGCUCACGCACCAGCGGGCCCACAAGCGCUUCCAGACCUAUGCUGCCCCCUCCAUGGCCCAGCCCUGAGUGGGGAGCACUGAGACUGGGGGGUGGGUCCUGCAGCCCUGUCCCCGGGUGCUGGGCCUGCAUCUGCUCACCUUUGCUUUCUGGCUGACCCAGCUUAAUAAAAUAGUGUUACCAUCCCA